GUCCUGGAAGUCGCCGGCCAGACUCCGUCCGGACCUGCAGCACGCCGUCCUGUCGCCGCCGCCGUGGUCAUACACACCCCGAUCAACAUGAAGUACCUCCUGGUUUGCCUCGCGUUCCUGGCGGUCAUCGCCGUGGUCCUGGCACGGCCGGGUCCAGCCCCCGGUGGCUACGGAGGCUACGGAGGCGGCCAGCACGGCGGCAGCCACCACGGCAGCAGCCACGGUAGCCACGGCGGCAGUCACCACGGAGGCAGCCACCACGGAGGAAGCCACCACAGCUACGGACACCAAAGCCACCACGGAAGCCAUCACGGCGGCCACCAGAACUACGGACACCACAAGCACCACGGCUAAGAGGACUUCCUCCUGCGGAAUGGACUGGAUGGACUCCAUGACGGGCACCUCGAGGACCGGGAUGUCAGCCUCCUCGGUGUAGCUCCUCCACGUGAACCAGAGUACCUGCAGUGCAACGUGAGUGCCUGAGUGUACCUCCCCACAGCGCACCGCGAAGUCGGCGACGAAUCGAACAAACUAUCUUGUUGCUCAAUCAAGUACGCUGCUUUGUUUUCAAACGACGUGCCAAUUAAAAGACUGAAUUGUUUUCUUGUUUUUA